AUGAAUAAUGAAGAAAUCAAGAUUGUCAGUCAACUGGCAAGGAAAAUUAAAUUUCUGGUCACUUCUCUUAAUACUAUGAGAACAAUUGCAGCAGAGUCAAGUCCAGAUGUAAUCAACAGGAAUCAAGUUCACAGUCGAAUAGAGGAACUGGAUGUUAUGGGUCAGUCAAUUGAGGAAAUGCAAGACAAGUUGGAAUUGUUGGAAGAAAAACCUGAUGAAGAAAGAAUUCUUGAACAACUCAAUUUUCAAUCAAAAAUAAUAGAUGUUAAGGCAAGUUUGAGAUCACUGCUGGAUAACAAUUCACUUCACUCAAGCUCCUCCUGUGCAGCGUCAGUAGGUAGAGAAGGACGAAAUAGAACACUUCGGCUACCUUAUAUUGAAAUACCAAGCUUUGAUGGGAACAUACAAAACUGGUCCUCGUUCAUAGACAGCUUCAAUGCUGCGUUUCACAAUAUCCCUGAAUUGAAAUCAGUACAGAAAUUCUUUUUCCUAAAAUCAAAUUUAGCUGGGACAGCAAGUGACGUUGUAAAGAACAUUCCUCUCACGAAUGACAAUUACCAUCAAGCAUAUGCUAAGUUAACCGAGAGGUAUGAAAAUUCAGGACUUAUCAUUCAGUUCCACAUUCGAGCUCUGUUCAACACUCCAAAGGUUCAGUUUGCGUCGGAAAGUUAA